AAUUUGUAGACUAUGGAUACAAUAGGUGUACUUAUAACCGAACGUGAAAAUGUGCGCAAAAAAAUUGAAAAAUCUAUGUCAGAUAUAGAACAAGAUAUUCAAAUUAUUAAAAAAUGGCUAGGUACUCAGAAACAUCUUCCCGAAAUAUCAGGUGAUGAAGUAAUCGAAUUUUUUUUGACAAAUUGUAAAUACAGUAUAGAAAAAACAAAAUAUGCUUUAGACAUGUACUACACAGUACGUUUCAUAUUUUCAGAAAUUUUUGAAAAUAGUAAUCCUAAUUUACCGUAUUAUCAUGAAACACUGUCCACCAUGACGACUAUUAUUCCUUUGCCAAAGAUGACGGCAGAACUGCAGCGAAUUGUAAUAGUUAAAUACAGUGAAAAUAUUAAUUCAGCAUACAGUCCCUACAAAAUGAUAGCACAUGCAGCUAAUUUAUUAGAAAUAUUAUCUCAUGAAGAUCUUAUGAUGGGACUGGUUGUUAUUUUUGACAAUAAAAAUAUGAAAAUGGAACAUGUUAAAAAACUAACUCCGACAUUUUUCAGAAAAGGUUUAGCAAUAUUUGAGAACGCUUCGAGCAUUCGAAUAGCAAAAAUUCAUAUAAUCAAUCACCAGCAACGUUUCAUGGAAAUAUUAUUUAGGAUUGCUAAAACAUUUUUAAAGAAAAAAUUUUUGGAUAGGAUAUUCUUUCAUAAGGAUUAUAACGAUCUAUAUCAACAAGUUCCUCAAGAGCUUCUCCCAAGUGACUAUGACGGUGAACAGAUGUCACUAAAUAAACUAGAAGAAUUAUGGAAAGUUAAAUUUAAAGAUUAUGGUGAUAGAUUUGAUGCAUUACACCAUAUGAAAAUAAAUGAAGCUUUACGACAAAAACCACUAGAAAACUCUGAAAUUUUGGGAUACUACGGAAAUUUUAAGCAAUUAGAUAUUGACUAA